UUGUAUUCGCAGCAUUGAAACGUGAGACCGAGAGCAUUCAGUAUUUUGACUCACGGUGCAUAAUAAGCGGCGAUAUGCUAAAAAGAGGAAAAAGAAUCGUAGAUAAACGUAUAGCCACAGUGGAAAGAAGUGAGAUGCAGUCAUAAUAUGUAUGUGAUGAGAAUAGUGAAAAAAUAACUGAAGAAUUGGUGAAGAUGAGCAAGCAAACUGGAGGACGUUUUGAGUGUUUUACAUUUUAGCGAGUAUAAAAAGAAGCCCAUCCUUUUGGUCAGUCAGUUGCAUUUGGUCGAGUGCAAGGAAAGAACAAAGUGCUGGAGACAUGGGGAAACUUAUUGUAUUCAUAUGCCUAAUUGCGUUAUCCGUAUCAGCGGAAAUUUCAACAUCACCAGUGGCCAUUCUUCACCAGGAAUCAGAAGUCAAUCCGGAUGGAUCGUUCUUCAACGUUUGGGAAUCCGAAAACGGUAUAAAGGUCCAAGAACAAGGAACAUUGAAACACGUCGAGGAUCAAGACGUGUCUGUAGUAAAUGGCGACGUGUCGUGGACCGAUAAUGACGGGAAAUCAAUUCAUCUGACUUACGUCGCGGAUGAGAAUGGAUUCCAGCCUCAGGGUGAACAUAUCCCGACCCCACAUCCAAUGCCCCAAUCGGUGAUACGGGCCCUGGAAUACAUUGCCGCGCAUCCUUACGUGGAGAAGGAUCAAAAAAGUGCAGAAACCUCAACUUAGCCUGAAAACAAAAUAAUUCUUAGUCAAUCAAGGAAUAAUCCAUUGACUCAUUUUAUAUCUGAUCCGUCCUAGACACUCUCGCUAUAUACUUAUGAAUAAAUUUGCUUGAAUUUUCAUCUAAUUGUAAAAUUUCAUUGAAACUUCUCAAAAUAAACAUGAAACGCGAGCCAAGUAAA